AUGAGACCUAUUCCAGAUCUCUCAUUCUCUCGCAAACCCUCCGACCAUCCCUCAUCCCCAUCCCUUGAUCCCCGCAUUGAUACCCCCGCGACCUUCUUCUUAUCGCGCAGUCCACAUGUCGCGGAUCAGGAUUCCAGUAUAUCCUUAGAUAGCGGGGAUGUCAAAGAGAAUAUGUAUGGAGUACAAAGCCUGGCUUCUCUAUCUCAAUCAAGCACAUCCUUGCCCCGCGAACACUCCGCAGACAGCCUGAAGCAGGCAACCGACGAUUUAGAAUCGCACCUCGCACAGCGCCGGUCAACAUUGAAGCCGCUAAACUCAGGCACCAGGGAAUCCUCUGAGCACCCAUCUCCCAUCCAUGCAGUGUCUCGGCCCUUAACUCCGCUUACGUUGGGCAUCCCUGAUGACCCAUCCUCGCUACCCAGCAGCCCCAAAUCUAUAUCAAACCAGUCCAUGCGGCCACUCGAUGAUAUUUCUAUCACGGAUGAAAUCAAUAGUCAGGGUUUCGGAUCCGGAGAUGAGAACGAAAUGCUCCACGGGUCUCCAUUUUUGGCCCCAGGUGGGGCCUCCCAACUUAUCAUGCCAAGUAUCAAAAUGCCCAGCCGGCGCCCAUUUACCGAGCGAGGAAAAGCCAUGGGUCGAUUCAAACUUCUUCUAGCUGGUUCUCCCGGUUCUGGUAAGACCUCGUUGAUCAAGUCUAUUGUUCAGACAUGCGACGAUAUCGUACAUGUCGACACCAUCCCACAGAACUCUUUAGGACGUCGCAGACCUUCCGGGCGAUUUCGGGGGACGUUGACUGCCACUACGGAAAUUUAUGCUAGCACCAAACCUUAUCCUUCAUGGUGGUCUGAUCUGGAAGAUUCCCGCGUGCUCCAACGCCGGAGAAGCAUCGGGGAAAUUGUGCUGGAGCGGAAUUUAUGUUUUGUAGACACUGCAACAAAUUUAAGCCAGACAGGCCAAACCGACGCUAUCGGGCAGUAUAUGAGACAGCAAUUCUUCCGUGCUACCAAUGCGCUCAAUGGGUCCAGUGUUGAUUUCCAAAACCUACUAGCGGGGAAUGGUGGAUCCCAGGUGGAUGCCAUCUUAUAUUUGAUUUCUAAUGACACCCUCUCAACAGACGUGGAAUGCAUCCGCAAGCUCUGCGAGCUAAGCAAUGUAAUCCCAAUAAUAUCCAAAGCAGACACCCUCACCCCAACUCAAAUCACCCAUUUAAAACUCUACUUCCACGAACAAGCUCGCGAGGCGGGAAUCAAACCAUUCCUAUUCGGAGACCCGCCUAACGGUCUAAAUGGGCUCGAAUCCCAGCCCCCAUAUGCCGUCUCCUCCGAGAAAACAAUCGACAAUGAAACAAUGGAUGCAAGCACCCUAAUGAGCCCAGACUAUGUCCAGCCACUCGUACCCUCCGAACUAGACGCCCUAGUCAACAAAAUGUUCGAUCGCGAUAAUCUAGCCUGGAUGCGCCAUUCCGCCGCAAAGAAACUCCUCCAGCAGCGCACGGACUCAUCGUCGCUCCCCCUUCAAUGUCGCUACCCAGUGCGCAGUCGGGUCCUGCCGCAAGUGGCCUCCAUCUCACCCGGCUCCCCACCCGGCUAUGCCAUGGCCCGCAUUGCAGACUACACCCGACACGAAGAGCACAUGGCGCAGGUCCGCCUUGCGCGGUGGGCGACAGACCUGCAGCGCAGCCUACAGAACGAGCGCGAUCGAUAUACCUCGCUAGCUCGUGGCGAGCGCGCUGUGUGGCUCACCGAGCGGCUAGGCGAGUGUGUUGUCGAUGGGUCAUUGGUGCCUCUUUCGCAGACGCCUCCAUUUUGUGGUUUGCAUGGCCACGUCGGCGAGAAGGGCCCUAAUGGGUUCCAGGUCAUGCACUCACAUACCGGUUCCGGAACGUAUCGCUUCACGACUUUCACUCCGAAUGACCCACUCGGAGUGGUUGGCUGGAUUGAUGAGCUCGGGCACCGGAGUUGGGUGCUUGUUCAGAUUGUUGGGAGUGUAGGUGUUGUUGGUGGAUUAGCGCUCUGGCUUGCGCGCACUUGGGGUUUGCCGACACGCAGUCUUUCGGAUUUGCGAGUUGAUUACUGGUGUGGUACUAUGGAACGAUAG